AUGGUGGGGUGGGGUGGGGUAGAUGAGGGGUGUUUGUUGGUUGUGGGGUAUUUGGGUUUGGGAUUUGGGGUUAUUUGGGGUUUGGAUUUGUUUGUGUGUUUUUGGUUGGGGGGGGGGUGUGUGUUUUGGUGUUUUUGUGUUGGGGUUUGUUGGGGGUGUGGGUUUUGGGGGGGUUUUGUUUUUGAUGGUUUUGAGUGUGUGGUGGUUUUAUUGGGUUGUUGUUGGGGGGGGGUAAUUAGGGGGAGUAAUGGGUUGGAGGGGGUUGUUGUUUGUUGGGGUGGUUUUGGGGGGGGUGGUGGGUUGGGUUUUUGUGUUUGUUUGGGGUUUGUUUGGUUUGUGGGGGGGGUUGGUUAUUGUUGUGUGUUUUGUUUGGGGGUGGGUGGGGGGUGGGUGGUGGGGGUGGGGGGUUUUUUUUGGUGGGUUGGGUUUGUUUGGUGGGGGGGGGUUGUGUAUUUUUUUUUGGUGUUGUGGGGGGGGGUAGUUUUGUGGGGGGUUUGUGGGGUUUUGUGGGGGGGGGUGUGGGGGGUGGUGGGUGUGGGUUGUUGGGUUUGUUUGUUUUGGGUUGGGUGUUUGGGGGGGGUUGGUUGUGUUUGUGUUGUGUGGGUGGGUGUUGUUGUUGGGGUGUUGGGUAGUGGUGGUGGUGUGUGUGUUGGUGUUGGGGGGUGGGGGGGGUUUGUGGGGGGGGGGGGUUGGGUGGGUUUUUGGUGGGGUGUGGUUGUGGUGUUGUGUUGGGUGGGGGGGUGGGGGGUGGGGGGGUUGGGUUUGGGUGAGGAUGGUUUUGUGGUUGUGUUGUGGGGGGGGGUUGGGGGGUGGUGGGGUUGUGUUGGGGGUUUGGGUUUGGGUGGUGUUUGGGUUGGGGUGGGUGGUGGGGGUUUGUGUGUGUGGGGAGGUGUUGGGGUGUGGGGGGUUGGUGUGUGUGUGUGGUGGUGGGGGGGUGUGUGUUUGUUGGGGGUUUUUGUUGGGUUUUUUUGUGGGUGGGGGGGGUGGGGGGUUUUGGGUUUGGUGUUUGGGUGGGGGGGUUUUGGUGUUUGGGUUUGUGGGGGGGGGGUGGGUGUGGUGGUGGGGGGUGGGGUGGGUGGUGUUGGGGGUGGGGGGGUGGGUUUUUGGGGUGGGUUGUUGUGGGUGUGGUUUUGGGUGGUUUUGGUGGGGUUGGUUGUUUGUUAUGUUUGGGGGGGGUUGGUUUUGUGUGUUGUGGUUUUGGUGGGUGUUGUUGGUGGGGGGUGUGUUUUGUGUGGGUGGUUGGUGUGUGGGUGUGUUAGUUUGGGGGGUUGUGGGGGUGGUGGGGUUGUUGUUUUGGGGUUGUUGGGGGGGUGGGGGUGUUGGUUGGGUGGGGGGUGGUUGGGGGGGGUGGGGGUGGGUUGGUGUUGUGGGGGGGGGGAGUUGGGUGGGGUGGGGGGGGGGGGGUGGGGGGGGUUGUGGGGGUGGUGUGGGUGUUGUUGUUGGUGUUGGGUGGUUGGUUGGUGGGGGGGGUUGGUUUGGGGGGGGGGGUGGGGUGUGGGGGGUGUGGUGGGGGGGGUGGGUGGUGUGUGGGGUGGGGUGUUUUUUGUGUUGGUGGGUUGGGUUGGGUUGGGGUUGUUGGGGUGGGGGGGGUGGUGUUGGGGGGUUGGGGGGGGGGGGGGGGUGGUUGGUUGUUGGGGGGUUGGGGGGGGGGGGUGUGGGGGGUGUGGGUUUGGUGGGUGGGUGGGGGUUUGUGUGUGUGGGUUGUGGUGGUGGGGGUUUGGGGGGUGUGUGGUGGGUGUUGGUGUGGGUUUUUGGGGGGGGGGGUUGGGGGGGUGGGGGGGGGUUUGGUGGUGGGGUGUGGGUUGGGGUGUUGUUGGGUUUGGGGGGGGUGUUUUGGUGGGUGGGGGGGGGGGGGGGGGGGUGGUGGGGGGGGGGGGGGGGGGUGGGGUGGGUGGGGGUGGGGGGGUGUUGGUGGUUGUUUGGGUGGGGUGUGGUUUUGGGGGUUGGGUGGUGUGGGUGGGGGGGGGGUGGUGUUUGGGGGUGGGGGGGGUUUGGGGGUGUGGUGUGUUUGGGUGUGGGGGGGUGGGGUGUGGGGUUGGGGGUGGGGGUGGGUGGGGUUGGGGUUUGUUUGUGUGGGGUUGGGAGGGGGUGGUGUGUGGGUUUUGGUGUGUUGGGUUUUUUUUGGGGGGGGGUGUUUGGGUAGUUGGUGGUUGUGGGGUGGGUUUGGGUGUGGUGGGUGGGUGUGGUUUGUUGGGGUGGGGGGGGGUGGUUGGUUGGUGUGGUGGUGGUUUGGGGGGGGGGGGGGUGGGGUUUGGGGGUGUGUUUGUGGGGGGUUUGUUUGUUGUAUGUGGGUUGUGGGGGGUUUGGUUUGUUUGUUGGGUGGGGGGUUUGUUUUGGUGUUUUGGGUUGGGGGGGGGUGUGGUGGGGGUGGGGGGGGGGGUGGUGUGGUGUGGGGGGUGGUUGGUGUGGGGGUGGGUGGGUGGUGUGUGGUGGUGUGGUGUGGUGGGGGGGGAGGGGGGUGGGGGGGGGGGGGGGGGGGGGGGGGGGGGGGGGGGGGGGGGGGGUGUUGGUUGUGGGUGGGGGGUGGUGUUGUGGGUGGGGUGUGGGGGGGGGGGGUGGGGGUUUGGUGUGGGGGGGGGGUGGGGUGGGGGUUGGUGGGUGGGGGGGGGGGGAUGGGGGUGGGUGUUUUGGGGGGGGGGGGGGGGGGGUGUGGUUUUGUGGGGGUGGGGGUGUUUUGGGUUGUGUUGUGUUGGGUUGUGUUGGGGGUGUGUGGGGUGGGUGGGGGGUUUGUGUUGGGUUUUGUUUGUUGGGGGUGGUGGUUGUGUUGUGGGGUGUUUUGUUUGUGGUUGGGGGGGUGGGGGUUUUGGGUGGGUUUUGUUGUUUGAUUGUUGGUUUGUGGUUUGGUGGGGUUUGUUUGGUUUUUGUUGGUUUGUUGUUGGUUGUGAUGGGUUUUGUGGUGGGGUUGGUGGGGGUUUGGUUGGUUGGGUUUGGGGGUGGGUUGGUUUUUUUUUGGGGUGUUGGUUUUUGGGGUGUUUGUGGUUGUGUUGGUUUGUGGGUUUGUGUUGUUUGGGGGUUGUUGUUGUUGGGGGGGGUGGUGGGUGUGGGUGUUUUUUUGGGUGUUGGGGAUGGUUGAAGUUAUGUUAG